AUGGCCGGCGGUUGUGAAAUGGCGUUCGCGGCCGGAGUUGACCGUGGCGCGGCGGCGGCGGCGUGCGCAGGGGAGCCCGACCCGGAGGAGAGCGGCGUGGUGGUGCUGAGCUUCGCGCGUUACUGCCGCUUCCGCGGCAUCAUGAAGCGGCUGGAGGGCGUGUCCAACAAGUGGCUGCACAACGCGCUGGUGCUGGCGCUGGGUGGCUUCGCGGCGCCCUGCCGCAACACGCGCGUGCUCUUCUGCAAGGACACCUUCGACUACCCGGACCUCGAGGGCCACGAGCAGCUGUGCAACCACCUCGAAAACUAA